GUGAUGUAAUUAGCGCUGACUUCACGCUUUGAAGAUGGCGGCCGACAUAAACACACCGACACCUGAGAGCGGCACAUCGAAUCAGACUGAUGAUGGUGGAUAUGACAAAAAAUGUAUUUUCUGUAAAAUCGUGAAGGGGGAGAUGGGAACUGAGCUCCUGCACAACGAUGAGACUAUUUCCUGUUUCAGAGAUAUCCACCCUGGAGCUCCGCAUCACUAUCUGGUUGUGCCAAGCAAACAUGUGGGCAAUUGUAAAUCUCUCAGAAAAGAGCAUGUACCAUUAGUGGAGAAGAUGGUGGAGAUGGGGAAAGAGAUGCUUCAGAAGAACAAUAUAACUGAUUUAAAUGAUGUUAGGUUUGGUUUCCACUGGCCUCCAUUCUGCUCUGUCACACAUCUGCAUCUCCAUGUUCUCGCACCCGUCAGUCAGAUGGGCUUCAUGUCACGCUUGGUCUACAGGCUAAACUCGUAUUGGUUCAUCACGGCAGACCAGUUACUCCAAAGACUGAACUCUAUGAGCUAAAUGUACAGAAAGUGAGAGGAACUCAAAAUACAUUAAUGUUCGAGAUGCCCAGAGCCUUGUUACUCAUAACAGUCCAAGUCAAUCUGUUUGUGAUGACAAAAGGCCAAAGACGGGUGCCUCUGGGAUGUAAUACUCAUUAUUGCUACGUUCAUUAGUUAGUUAUAUUGUUGGCUAGGCGGGCCAAUCAAAUUUGCAGCAACAAAAUUGCAGCUACUUUUGAAUUGAUUUGAAGAAAAAAAAAAAGCAUGCUGAAUAGUAAUGACAAAAAAAUUUGACAGAAUCAUUAAUCUUUUAUGGUGAACAGUUGGGCUUCUUUCAGUUUUACUCAAAUAAUAAGAUUUUUAAGGAUGCAAAGUAAUGACAAAGACUUUUUAAAAUAUGAACAAGCUGAAAAUGGCAAUUAAGCUCAAUAAUUGGAUUUAGCUUUGGCCAAAUCCACUGCUGAAUGAUUUCAGCAUCAGAAUACGGCAGUGUUUUGUCAUUCUGUACUGCAUCAGUGAUGAGCAAGUCUGCUUUCCUUCAUAUAACAUUAAAUGAAAUGUUUUAACUGUUUAUGCUAUGACAUAGAUUGUACUGUAUAGAUAUAAGACCUGUUUGCCUCAGAUGUAUUUAAUUAUUGAUUGAUGUAAAGUUGUAUUUGCACUGUAUGAUGUCCGUAAGCAUGUAAACAAAAUAAAUAAUAACCUGCA